AUGACCGAGGACUGCCCGCAGAAUCCAACUGGAUGCCAACGAUCCAGAACCGGCUGCUUUACCUGCCGUCGCCGCAAGAAGAAGUGCGAUGAAAUCCACCCAAUCUGCGGGGGCUGUGCCAGGAACCACCUACCAUGCCAAUGGGUCGAUCAUGUAUAUCCCACAGCUCGUCGCCCCAGACGCCGGGCUCACCAGACCCGGUUCUGGCCACGAGGCGUGGCCAUUCCACAGGAGCUUGAUGGUAUGGUGACCGUUUUUGCUGUCCCCAGUCGACCCAUCCUGUAUCGCCUCUUGGCCCAUUUCACAGACUGCAGUCCGCUGUGGAUGUCCAUCAGCCCGGGGCGACGGAGAAGUCAGUUUCUGCGCCAUAUCAUUCCUACGGCGCUGGGCCAGACCCUGACGAUGGACUGUCUGUUGGCGGUGGCGGCCGGGGAUUUGAUGAAGUAUGAGAUGGAAGAGCCAGAGCUGCGAAUGAUUGCUCUCGAAUUGUACGGGAAAGCCGUUGCUGGACUACGGACUGCUAUUAGUGAAGAAUUGGCUUCAUGUGCACAAACCUGCUCUUCAGAUGGCAUUGUCCUGGCAGUUCUUUUGUUAUGCGUGCACGAGACUCACAACUUCUCCGACACAAGCCGGUUGCUCCCCCACCUCAAUGCCGCUGCGUUCCUCUUGAAGCAGAGAAUAUCUCUUGCGCCUCCAGAUCCCGAUUUACGAGCAUUCCUGCUCGAAGUAUUCUGCUACUUCUUCUCCUUGACGGCUUUUUCGCAUGGGCCAAGUCUCAUCUUGGAUCUGGCCGCUCAGAUCUUCGACUCCAUUGACCAUAACACCACUCAGAGCCUGCUCUUAGGCCAAUCGCAGGACUUGAUCAUCACCAUCUUCCGGGUUACGAGACUGGCAAAAGACUUGCCUUGUAUGCCCGGGCCGGUGCUAGCCGAACUAGCCAACAUCGAGGCUCAGUUGGCUAACGACCAAAUGCCAGGGACCGCUGGCGAGGCUUACUAUGAUGAUGAUAGGGUCAUGUAUGAACUCUAUCGUCUUUCAUGCCUCAUCUAUGUCAAACAGACCAUGGAUCCGCUACUACCUCCACGAGAUGCAGAGCUACAAGACAUUGUCGACCACUUCGUUGCCCAACUGGACAGUCUACCGCACGAUUCGCCCUCAAACGGCCUCUUGGCAUGGCCGUUGGUUAUCACAGGCUUUUAUGCGGUGGCCCCUCCUCAUCAACGUAUUAUCCUAGCUCGACUGCGCCUCAUCUACAAGACUUGGAGAACCGAUAUUUUCCCGCAGACCGUGGAUUAUCUGCGCCAGUUUUGGGGUCUAGGAAGUGUUGACAAAGAUCGCUAUCUGGACUGCGAUGGUGAUGACUCCCGCUUGCCUUUGGGCUUUAGGUUUCAGAAUCUCCACCUUCCAACCGUCCUUGUCUAG